AUGACUUCUUCCUUAUCAAAAUUAAGAUCUCAUAAUAUUCUUUCAGAUUUGACUCGUCGCGAUUGUUCCUUUCUAUUCCAAUCUAAAAGUUCUAUUAUAAAAUGGAAUUUGCCAAAAGUAUUAUCACGAAAUUGUCAACAUACUUUUACUACAUUACCAACUUUUUCGUAUAUAUUAAGGGUUGAAAACUUUCGCUUGACUAGUUUUCGAACACUUAAUUUGAGACCAUUGAAAAGUCGCCUUACACCAAAAUUGAAUUCCCGAAGCAAACCAAAGAGCUCUAAUGUUGAUACAAUGAGCCCUGAAGCCAAAAGAAUAGUUAAGAUAUUAGGGUAUGCAAGUGGUAUCUGGGGAGUAGGAUUUAUCAUAUACUCUGGGCGUCCAUUCGAAUCUGAUCGAGAAACUAAAUAUAAAGAUUUAGAUACUUUCACGGCGUGGUACAAACGAGUGGAGGCUCGCACCAAGGAUCUUUUUCACUUUUUCACGGAACCAUCAUCGGAUAAGCUAUUGCCGGAUCAAGAUUCUUUACCACCACCUUCUCCAUAUACGUUAGUAAUUAAUUUGGACCAAACUCUUAUUUAUUCAACUUGGGAUAGAGAAAAUGGUUGGCGAACGGCAAAAAGACCUGGAGUAGAAUAUUUUCUGUAUUUCGUGGCACAACUUUUCGAAGUAGUUAUUUUCACAUCUCAACCUUUCAAUUUUGCUGAACAAAUUUUAAUGAAACUUGAUCCGUUUGGUAUUGUCCCUUAUAGACUUUAUAGAGAAUCGACAAGAUAUGUUGAUGGAAAAAUAGUCAAGGAUCUUUCAAAACUGAAUCGUGAUCUUUCAAAAGUUAUUAUUAUGGACUCUAAUCCCGAUGCUUAUUCAUUGCAACCCGAGAAUGCAAUUGCCGUACCCCCGUGGAAAGGAGAUCCUAAUGAUAGUUUCUUGAUAGACAUCAUACCAUUCCUUGAACAUUUCACAAUAUUUUAUGUGAAUGAUGUUCGUCAAGUGUUGCCACAAUAUAAAGACAAAGAUAUUCCAAGUCAUUAUGCUGAGUGGGAAGAACAAUGGAAAGAACAACAACGAUUAGAAUGGGAAAAAAAAGUUAAACAACCGAAAAAAGGAUUGGCGGGUUGGGCUUCAGCCUUUGGUAGCAGUCAAAUUCAAGAACAAAUACCUCCUUAUGAACAAAAAUUGAUGCAAAUCCAAUUAAUUAAUAAUGAUAUCAACAAUUCAUAUUUGGAUUAUAAACGACGUAAACCAGAGAUACAUCAAAUGUACCAAAAUAGUAUGGAGAAUCUGGAGAAACAGCUUCAAGAGAGCAUGAAAAAGGAAAAAGGACCACCUCAAGUUCCUAUGCCUGAUUUACCACCAGAUCAAAAUAGUAUUCAACCACAACCACUUCCACCGUCACAACAACGUUGA